AUGUGCGAUGCGCCAGGCAGUGCACCCCCUCUUCAUCAUGCGUCUAUCAAGGAUGAGCUGGUGCGCGGCACAAAUUGGGUCACGUCCCAGGCCAUAUACUCGGCACACACGGCGGAGUUGAGCCGAUGCCAGGGGCCAAAGCCAGCUCAAGUCUGGCGACAACAUAUGAAUGUGAUGGAGAACUAUGCCGAUAAAGAUACUCACCUUGUACUCGUCCAUGGUAUUGGGCAUGAUUCAACUGCCUGCCAGAAUGCGACCAAAUUCUGGUCCACGCGAUUUCCACGAGCACUUGUGACCAGUUUCGCAUUCCUUCCUGAGCAUGCAAGAUGGGGAGACGGCAGCUUUCAAGAAAGAGCAGAGUGCCUCUUGGACACAAUCUUGAAGGAUCGGCGGAAAUUGACCAAGUCUGCCCAUGAUGAGCUCAUGAGUGCCCAAGCCCUGCCAUGUGUCAUACUUGGCCACGAUCUGGGCUGCGCUCUGGCAAAGCAGGCACUGGUGAUCGCUUCCGAGGAUGCCGAGUGCGGCAGUUUGGCCAGCGAUGCCGAAGUGCUAUUCUUCUUCCAGGAUGUGAAGAUCGGGGCUGACCCGGGCUCGUGGGAGCAUCAAUUGCUACAUCUACUAUCCAGCGCUGGAUUGAGCUCAAACUCCCCUACAGAGCUUCUGAGGGAGCUGCCAGGUGCUCUUGAAGAGCUAUCUUGGGCUUUCGCUGCUAUUCAAGCACACCACAGGACCGUGGACAUUUGCGAUAAAAUGUCAUCACAAAAAUCGCCGGUAGGUAUCCAACAGCUACAUUCCACGUCUCAAACAUCUGCACCUCUCGAUAAUCGUUUCAAGAGUCUCAUUUUUGCUCAUGGCAGUCUUGUUCGACGUUUGUCAAAGAUCAGCUUCUCAAAUCAUCAGAUACGACUUUCGAGACCAUCCAUGAACUCAUUUGACUGGAUUCUCCAUCAUAAAUCUGUCUCUGAUUGGCGAUCGUACGAAAUAGAUUCACCGAAACUUCUUCACAUAUCUGGUCCUCCGGGAUCUGGUAAAAUCGAGGCCUCUUCUCGCCUCAUUAGCUUCUUGAGAGAGACUACUCCUACGUCAAUCAUUCUCACAUAUGCCUUCGUAAACCAAAGCUUGGAGAGCCUACCCAAAAGAGACUUAUACAUCUCCCUCAUUCGUCAGAUUCUUCUGAGCUGCCCAUCGGCAUUUCCAAGGGGAAAGCCGAUAUCGACCUGGAUUACACACCAGACCGUCUUCAGCGUGGAAAUGUUGGAACAGCUACUACUGUUCCUGUUGGAGGGCAUUCCCAAUCUACCAAUCUUCUUUGCCAUUCACGGAUCAUUCCCGAACGAGUCAUCAGAUGGAACAGAGCUGAUUAACCUGCUCAAAACGCGCCAGGACCUGUCAAGCGUUUGCAAAUUGUUGCUUAUCAAUGAAGACCAAGCUUAUAGCAUUGGUGCUUUGGGCGACAACAAACCAAACUGUCGCUAUAUUGACAUCAUCCACGAUGCAAAUUAUGAGUCCACGCUUGAGGGAUACAUUGGCUCAAAAAUUGAGCAUUUGAUUCACAUACGUCCUGAGUAUGCCCUAGGACAAACCGACAUCCUCGAAAAGUUAAUUCAAACAAACUCGUCCUUCCUCCAAGCUACAAUCAGCCUGAAACUUCUGGAAAUUGCUCAGAUUCCCACCACUCGUGCGCAAAUCCUGGGCUACAUCGGCAAGUUGACAAUGUCUCUGACCGACACGUACAAGCUUGCGUUUCAUGAUGGCCAGAAACGGUGCGCCAUCCCGGUGCUGCCACUACUUCAGUGGAUCACUUUCGCUGUUCGUCCGCUAUAUCAGACUGAACUCGCUGUUGUGGCUGCUCUCAUCAUUCCCGGUCAGCUCUCGGGCGAUUUCCUUUCUGCAAACAUAUCACUGAACAUCGGCCAAGAUAUCCGGUGUCUCAGAGGUACAUUGAUCAAGCUCGUUGGCAGCAAGGUAUAUCCAUUGCAUCAAUCUCUGCGUCAUGCCUUCACCGAUCAAGACAAUCAUGAUAGUAAGGAUCCAGAUGGGGCGAUAUUAGACAGACUGCUCGAUUAUCUCGAGUUUGUCUUCGAGUCUACCCCUCAAUAUGAGGACGUUUCAGCCACUGAAGCGAGUUCAGUGAUAUCAGAUAAUGGCGAUGUUAAGCCCCUUCCCCUCGAAGGUCCGGGUUUAGGUCUAAGUCGAUAUGCUGUGUCCCACUGGCCGGACCAUUACAAAAGGAUGCGUGGCCGGCCAGAGGUCAAAGAUCGUAUUCUUACAAUGUUUGAGAAAGAGAACAAUUUGAAUAUCUGGUCACGACUCUAUCAUCAAUACAUUGGCCAUAUCGAUAUCGAUUUCAACCAUGUAUUGGACAUUGCUGGACGUUUUGGACUUACAGAUCUUGUUGUUGAUAUAGUUCGGAGAGAAAGGCAGUCUUCAACGCAUACUGAAGAGGAAUUGAACAAGAUAUGUUCCAAUUCUCUCGAGAUCGCAGUGAUAUUCAACAACCAAGAAGUUGUCGAAAUGCUGCUGGACUAUGGAGCAGAGUCCUCCGAUAUAAUCUGUUUGGCUGUAAGACAUGGCCCCAUAAGUAUGAUCAAAAGGUUGAUUGAACUUCGGCCGGAGUUGAUCAAUCAGCAGAGUUCCGCGGGAAAUACACCUCUUUUAAUUGCUGCUCGGGAGGGCAGAAUCAGAGUAGCAGACUUUCUGCUUCAGAAGGGUGCCGAUAUCUCAGCUGUGCCUGAAUAUCCCCCAGGUGGGUACACGAUGCAGCACUGCUUUGCAGCGACAGGAAACACAAGCGCACUUCGUCUAUUGAUUGACGCAGGCGUCGACAUGAACGUUCAAUCGUUUGGAGGCUGGACGCCGCUACUGACUGUGGUGGGCAGACGAGCUGAGGAAUCGCUUAAGUUACUUCUGGAACACUCGGACAUCGGUGCUCGACUAGUGGAUGGGCGCUCAGCACUCCACAUUGCCGCAUAUAGCGGCUACGAAUCGAUAUGUGACAUUUUGCUAGACGCUGGGGCGGACGAUCAAUCACUUUCAAAUGAUGAGUACACCCCACUUCACGAAGCUGCGAUGGGUGGGAACCUUGUUGUUUUGCGCAAAUUCCUGUCAAGGUCUGAACACGCAGUUCAAAAUCAGAACGAAGCUGCCGAACCGGAGCUGUCGGCGCCCUUCGAUCCUGCAAAAGAGAGAAAUGAGCUUUUGCACAUUGCGGCCAGGAACAAUCACCUUGAAAUUGUCCAAGAAUUACUCAAGGACAAUCGGUAUGCUUCGAAAAGAAAAUGUUCGACGGCAGUGCUAUGGGCCGCCCAGAGAGGAUACAUUGAAGUUGUUGCCACGUUGUUAGCUUCUGGAAAAGUGAUGGCAGUUCAGGAUUAUGAAGGAAAUACGGCCCUUCACCGGGCGGCCGCCAAUCAGUCUCAAGCCAUCGUCGAAUUGUUGCUACAAUCGACAACCGACUUUGAUAUCAAUGCGCUGAACAAGCCUCAGGAGACUCCCUUGCACUGUGCAGCUAGAUCUGGGAGGCUGUGGACAGUUCAGACCCUGCUGAAUCCCCGGCGUGGGUCUGGUGCCAGAGCAGAUCUUAAGUCCAAGAGUGGCCAGACGGCCCUUCACGUGGCUGCCUCAUACGGCCAUACGGCUAUAACAGCUGCACUUCUGGAGCAUCCAGACAUGAAAGAUGCAUGUCUUUCAACCGACGAUGAUGGCGAUACUGCGCUUAUCCUCGCUGUUAGAGAAGGCCAUGUCGAGACCCUUGAGGCAUUUCUCCCUUUGCUCUCAAAACACACGCCCCAGGACCUCCAAGGUCCAAAAGAUGCAUGGUAUGCAGCCGUAGAAGCCGACGGCGAGAAGUGUAUACCAGUCCUUUUGCACAAUAAAUGGCCGAUGAUCAAUGAUGACAGUAGCCCGCGAGCUACUGCACUUCAUCAGGCGGCGAAGAAAGACGAAGUGGAUUUGAUGGAGCUGCUAUGCAAAAAUGGAGCCAAAAUCGAGGCAAGGACCCUAUCCGGAGAUACGCCACUGCAUUGGGCAGCCGAGCAUGACUCAAAAGGUGCUGUACGAUUUCUGCUAAACAGGGGAGCCACCAUUGAUCCACACGACGAUGAAUGGGUUACACCAUUAUGGAAAGCAGCGUACGAUGGCUCUUAUGAUUCCGUACAGGAGCUCCUCAAUGCUUCGCCCAAGCCAGACGUCAACGUCCAGAAAAGGUCGAAUGGCUGGACGCCUCUCCAUGCAGCUUAUGACAGAGGCGACAUUACAAAAUUACUGCUGGACGCCGGCGCAGAUCCAAGGAUACUGAACGAGGCAGGAAAUCCAGCAUUUUACGAAGCCGCAGAUCAUUAUCGAGGGCAUGAGAUCAUUCAGCAUCAUUUGGACGCAGGCAUGGAUCCAACAAUGAGGAACAAGAAGGGACAAACAAUCUUGCACGUUACAGGAGACAGCGGAUCUCGAUCAACCGUCGAACUACUAGUUGCUCGUGGAUCUGACAUCAAUGCAAGAGACGACGAGGGUAUUGCCCCAAUCCACGUGGCCAUUUUAGAUGAAAACCUCGAAGUCGUGCAAUGUCUUGUCGAAAAGAAUGCGGACUUGGAGGUCGACUGCCAACGCUAUGGAACACCUCUGAUGGCUGCGGUGCAAUCGGGCAACACAGAAAUCAUGAAGAUGCUCCUAGAUCGGAGUGCUAGAGUCAAUAAUUUCAGUCAUGAGCAUAUACACCACACACCGCUACAGGCAGCAGCAGCGAAUCGGUCACAUGAUUACGUACGUCUGCUAUUAGAGCACGGCGCUGAUGUCAACAUAACAGGUGGCACUUUCGGAAGCCCUCUCUGCGCCGCUGUUCGUGAGAAUGCUCAAGAUUGUAUUGAGUCAUUACUCGAGGCCGGCGCUGAUGUAAACUUCGUGGGACCCCAAGGUACAGCACUUGAGAUGGCUAUUGCGAAUGACAGUUGGGCCGUUGUUGAUCUCUUGUUGGGUCAAGAUAUAGAUCCAAACUCUACCAGCCGUGGAAGAUAUGGCACAGCUCUGAUUGCUGCCAUCAACAGUGGCAACUUUGAGUAUGUUGGAAAGCUAUUGUCUCGGGGUGCGAAUCCGAAUGUCCAAGCCGAAGGCAGGGAAAGUACCACUGAAGCUGCAGUCAAGAAAGGCGAUACUGAAAUCUUCAACAAGCUUUUGAUGCACGGCAUGGAAAUCAAUUGCCAAGACCCAUCAGGACGUGGUCCGCUUUCUCAUGCAAUCGUGUGGAAGAGUCUGGAUCUGGUCGAAAUCUUGUGGGAUCGAGAGGAGAUUGAUCUUGACGAACAGGACUUUGCCGGGCGAACCCCACUCAUGUUGGCCGUGAUUCAUGCCCCAGACAUGGUUGGUGGUCUCAUUUCACGGCAUGUGGACGUGAAUGCGAAGGACAAAUUGGGGAGAACAGCACUGGUCUAUGCUAUCCGCCAGGACUAUGAUGACCUUGUAGAAGACAUUAUCAAGGCUGGUGCAGAUCCGCUGAUGACCAACAACCGGGGAAGGGACUCAUUGUAUUGGGCUGCGCUGGGAUCUAGCCGCAACUCCUUUGAUGUAAUCCUCAAAGCGGUCCAGGAUUGCGGUGAUAGUAUUCGGCGCCGUGAUUCGGUGCGACUGGCUGUCAAUGCUGCUAUAGCCGGAGAAAAUCCAGGCUUUAUCGAGCGCCUGUUGGAGGAGCUGGAUAGUGACUGGCAACUGGCCGACUCUGACGACUGGAGCCCUCCCUACACCGCCAUGAGGUAUGAUCAGGUAGGUAUCUUGGCCAGUACCAGCGAGAACCUCGGCCAUGGCCCACUAUUCCGUUCGCUGGAGACAACCGAUCCUCAGGCGGUGCCCCGUGAGUGGCAUGCGUCGGACCACGCGACGGCUCUACUUCGCGAACCCAAUCCGCUGUCGAUUACCGUUCAAGACCCGCCCCGUGAAAAUGAAUACCCCCAGUGCAUUGCUCGUGCUGACCACCCAAUGGUACCCGGUGCGUCCGGUGUGUAUUACUUUGAGGUCACGAUUGUCUAUAACCUCGAUGAUUCAGACGUGCUUGGUAUCGGCUUUUGUCGCGAAGACACUCCGCUGGAGGACGAAUACCUUGGUUUUGUUGACGGUUCUUGGGGUGUACAUCAUGACGAUGGGAAAGCCUACGGCGGCUCCAGGGCUGGGGCCAAGUUUAGCGAAGGCUUUGACAAUGGCGACGUCAUUGGCUGUGGAGUCAAUUUUGUCCAAGGGAUCGCGUUUUAUACAAGGAAUGGAACAGUCAUUGGCCAAGCAUUUGACAACAUUCGUGGAAGGCUGUAUCCAGCCAUUUGUACACGGAUCGGUAAGGCAGGUUGCGUUCUGCGGGCACAGUUCUGGGAUUAUGAUGGGAACGGGAAUUCCGGAUUCAUGUUCAAGGGCCCAUAUGAUGGAGAUGAAACGAGAAAAGAGUCGAAAAUAGCUCAACAGGCAGCCGAGGAAGAUAGCAGCAGUAGCUCGUCAUCUGGUAGUUACAGCAGUAGCGAAGUCUAA